AUGGGAAACGAGGAUAAUCGCUUUCAUAUCAAAUUCUUGUUUGAGGACUUCGAGAGAAAUACCACGACCUCAGAUUGGGCCAACCAGCUCUUGAAUCAUAUCAAAGAGUAUGAAUCCUGCUUCAUUAAGAGCAUUACGCACGUCAAGAAUCUGAACUGCCCUGUCCUCCACGAGUACCUCCAAGUGGAGGUUUUGUAUCUUCCGAUCAAACAAAAGCGCACGAGAUUAAUCGCUGAAAGGGUGAAAGACAAAGACCAAGUCAUCUCUGGCAACCGAAAUUGGACCUCAGGCGAUGAACCCUCGCCAAUGUUUUUCUCAACUUCGGGGCAAGCCGGUAGCUGGGCAUCGGAAGAGCUUCACUCUGGUUCUUCAUCCUCUUCUUCUGGUCAUAAUGGUUCUAAUGUUAGUAAAUCGAAACGUCCUCUUCCGCUUUACACUUUGAAGUUUGAGAGAAAACGCUUCCCAAUAGUUGGCCUGGCGUUGGUGCUCCGGACUGUGUCAGAAGUACUAGGCGGGUACCACUUUCUGUACAGAAACUGCUAUGUCUUUGCCAGGGUCGCAUAUGAAUGCUGUAAAGAAUUAUAUGGUGGCACUCAAAAGAAAAGGAAAUUUGGUUCAUGGCGAGGGGCUAACCUCGCGCUCCUCUCGCCAAAAACAGACGCCGAUGUAUAUGCAAAGCAAUUUGAAAAGUACAUGAAGAAGAUUGACGACAGAUCACAAGAUGUCCAAAAAUGUAGGGAAGAAAACACACCGCCUAUCCCCAUAGCCAUUUCUGAUGACAAGGUCAACUUUUUCGAAUUGAUCUUUAUGUCUAUCGAUGACCUGGUUGAUGAGGUGGUGAGAAAAGUACGGAUUAGUCCCGGUGCCGUUUCCUGCAGAUUCCGGAGCCCUACCGGCCAACUGGGAUAA